CGUAUAAAGCCUCGUCAGUCGGUGGUCUGCGUUCUUGUGUCGCUGCUUCUUCUUCCUGCCUCUGUCCUCCUUACGCGUCAACAUGCCCAGCAAGAAGAAGAAGAACCAGCGUCGCAUGCGGAGAGUGCAGGCCCUGAGGAGAGCCCUGGAGGAGCAGCACGCGUCCACCUUGCCCACCAAAGCCACGCCCACCAAGAACCCGAAGGCGAGCAAAGACAAGACGGAAGCGGUCCUGCCAGCUAAAGACGCCGAAGCCGUCAGUGAGACGCAGCAUGGCGGCCAGACCGAAGUCGUUCAGACAUCAGGACCAGCAACUGUGGAACAGGCCGUCACCAGCGCACCUGAACCAGAUCAGGCACCAGAAACAGUUGUGGCUGGAGAACCGCAAAAAGAACAAGCAGCUGAAGCAGAAACCGUAAAACAGGAACCCAAAUCCAUUGAGCAGGUUGUUGCUGGAGUACCUAAACCAGAACCGGAUGUCCUUAAAGUGCCAGAACCGGUUGCCUGCUGCAUGCCUGACCCAGAAGUAGUCGUUGAAGCACAACCGGCUGUGAACGUAGAAGCAGAAUUUGUGGAUCAGGUUGUCGCUAGCGUACCUGAGCCAGAACAAGUGGCUGGAGCAGAACCUGCUAUCCAAAAAGUUCCAGAAAAGGCAGUGUGUCGCCUCCCUGAACCGGAACCAGUAGAUCAGGUUAUCGUUAACGCGGCUGAGGGACCGGUCGUCUGUUGCAUCCGCGACCCGGGACCGGUACUUGAAACAGAAUCUGCCCUUGAAGUAGAAUCAGUCGAUCAGGCGGUCGCUUGUGUACCUGAGCCAGAACAAGUGGCUGAAGCAGAACCGGUUACCCAAAAGGUGGCGGAACAUGUCGCUGCUUGUAUCCCUGACCCAGAACCAGUAAUUAAACCAGAACCUGCCAUUAAAGAAGCGGCAGAAUCAGUAGAGCAGGCUGCCUCUAGUGUACCACCACCAGCGACUGCGGCAAAAACGUACGUAGAGGAGGUUCUCACCAUCGCACAUGAAUCAGAACAUGCGUCUGAAGCGGAAUCUGCAGUCCAAAAUAUGGUCUGUUCCACCCAAGACCCAGAAGUAGAAACCGUUGCCCAAAAAGUGGUGGCAUCAGUACACUUUGUUGUACCAGAAAUGGUAAAAGCAGAACCGGUUGUCCAAGUGGAAACUGAAUCCGCAGAGCAAGUGGUCACUAGCGUACCUGAAACAGAAGCACCAAAGGCUGAAUCCGAACCUUCCCAGAAGGUAGCACUUGAGGAACCAGCUGCUAAGUUAGGAACAGAACCAGAAGUGCCGGUUGUUGGCGGAGUAACAGAAGCAGCUCCAGCUGAGAAGGAUGAAACAAAUGCGGAGGUUCUGGUCAAAGAUGUGACUCAAGUCCCUGAGGAAGUCAAAGAGGAAGCUGCUACCAACCUGAAAUGUGUGGAGGUACUCUCUGAAGAUACCAGUGUACCAUCAUGUCAGAUGGAAAUGUCAGUGGAGGCGGUGCUGAAUGGACACGUGGCUCCAGAGGUCUCCAUCGAGGGCUAGAACUUUCAACACAGUCCAUUUUUUUUAUCUUUAUACAACAUGGACAUUUAGUGGACUUGAAGACAGGAAGUCCUAGCAGGAGGAAAACAGAUGGCAUCCAUUCUUCAUAUUCAGAGUUUAGAACAGGAAAUUGAAGGGACAUCUAAAUCUCAAAAGUGAGUUUCUGGGGUUGGUUCUUGUCCCUCCCAAAGAGCCUCGGGCAAAACCCCAAGUGGAACCAUAUUGUGGCUCGUCACGAGCGCAUCAAACAUCAGUGAACGAGGCUUCGGUUCUGGAGAGGGACAUGAAGUUGGUUUCAAAGAAGCACAAUUAUUCUGUAUGCUUUUCUUUCGUAAAGGACCCUAAAAUUGGCGAUCUGUGGCAUCCUACUUUUCGACAUGUGUUCAUUGGGGUGCCGUCACCUGGUCAUCAGAGAAUUAUUGAACUGAAUUAACGGAAACACGGUUUAAUUAGCAUGCUAGGACGCUAUCAAGACACAUCCUAAGCGAUGUUUUAUUACAGUUUUCUUAUUUUUCUAAUUUUUGUAUAGACCGUGCAAAGUACUGGGUUUUAUUUUCCGCAUGGAAGAUGUUUGUCUGAACAAAGCAACACAUCGGAUGGGAUUGUAAUUUUUUUUUUUUCUUCAGAUGGCUUGACCUUUGAAAUAAAGCUGCCAACUCUUUACGAUGA